AUGCACCGCGAAAUCAUUCACUCGACACCAUCAUGGAGACGACAGUACUCACGACAUGAUUGUGUGUUUAUUGUUGCUGACGAGACGAAGUCAGGAAUGAGGGGAAUGAUUGUUGGCAGGGUCAAGUUGUUCUUUUCCUUCGUGCACAACGGAGUUACCUACCCUUGCGCUCUAGUGGACCGUUUCUCUCAUAUGGCUGCACACCUCCUCCCCGUCUUUGGUGAUGGUGCACUUCCUGUAGACUUUCAUUUCGCACAUUCUCUUGAUGCCUUCAAUUCGUACUAUGUAAAUAAAUAUGCUGACCAUCACGCUAAUGAAAUUGUGUUUUGA